AUGCCUGCCUUGAACAAGGGCAUGACUCUCGAUAUACCUGGACGCGAGUGCAAGGCAGUGUGUCAGGGAUAUUCGUCACACGCGUACGGUGCCAUUGAAUCUCAAAUUAUGACACGUCCCCGCGUUUCUGCCGCCCCAGAAAACGCAGAAGUGACCUGGGUUUCUUUUCAUUGUUCCGCUUGCGUGCCCUCAUUACCUUGGUAUUCCACACGCAGAGGCACAUGCUCUCGUUAUCUCAGCCUGGCGAACUUCUCAGAGGUGCACCCGAGGGCAGAACCUUGA